CCCAGCGCUGGAGGACACGGUGGAGGAGCGCGUCAUCAGCGAGGAGUAAAAGAUCUGGAAGAAGAACACGCCCUUCUUGUACGACCUGGUGAUGACGCACGCCCUGGAGUGGCCCAGCCUCACCGUCCAGUGGUUGCCUGACGUGACCAGGCCAGAAGGAAAGGAUUAUGCUCUACACUGGCUGGUUUUGGGAACACACACCUCUGAUGAACAGAACCACCUGGUUGUUGCAAGAGUCCAGAUUCCCAAUGAUGAUCAAUUUGAUGCUUCUCAGUAUGACAGUGAAAAAGGAGAGUUUGGUGGCUUUGGAUCUGUGACUGGCAAAAUUGAAACUGAGAUUAAGAUUAACCAUGAAGGCGAAGUGAAUCGUGCUCGUUACAUGCCUCAGAAUCCCUCCAUCAUUGCUACAAAAACACCAUCUGCUGAUGUGUUGGUAUUUGACUACACUAAACAUCCUUCUAAACCAGAUGCGGGUGGAGAGUGCAAUCCUGACCUUAGAUUAAGAGGGCACCAAAAAGAAGGAUAUGGCUUAUCAUGGAACUCCAAUUUGAGUGGACAUCUUCUCAGUGCAUCAGAUGAUCAUACUGUCUGUUUAUGGGAUAUAAGUGCAGGACCAAAAGAAGGCAAAAUUAUUGAUGCGAAAGCAAUCUUUACUGGACACUCUGCAGUUGUAGAAGAUGUAGCAUGGCAUCUCCUCCAUGAAUCUCUGUUUGGAUCUGUGGCUGAUGAUCAGAAGCUGAUGAUUUGGGACACAAGAUCUAAUACUACAUCCAAGCCAAGUCACUGUGUAGAUGCCCACACAGCUGAGGUCAACUGUCUAUCCUUCAAUCCUUACAGCGAGUUUAUUCUAGCAACUGGUUCUGCUGACAAGACCGUGGCUCUGUGGGAUCUUCGAAACUUAAAAUUGAAACUUCAUUCUUUUGAGUCUCAUAAGGAUGAAAUUUUUCAGGUUCACUGGUCCCCUCAUAACGAAACAAUUCUUGCUUCAAGUGGUACUGAUCGUCGGCUUAAUGUAUGGGAUCUAAGUAAAAUUGGAGAAGAGCAAUCUGCAGAGGAUGCAGAAGAUGGGCCUCCUGAACUCUUGUUUAUUCAUGGAGGACACACUGCCAAAAUUUCAGACUUCAGUUGGAAUCCUAAUGAGCCUUGGGUAAUCUGUUCUGUAUCAGAGGACAACAUAAUGCAAAUAUGGCAAAUGGCGGAAAACAUUUAUAAUGAUGAAGAACCAGAUAUAGCAGCAGCGGAACUGGAAGGUCAAGGAACAUAACUUUUCUUCCUGAAGGAAAUACUGGGUGUGGCAUAGUAAUAUAAUUUGACUACUAUAUACAUUAAGAAUAUUCUUGUUUGAAUGUAAUGCUUUUACCCAAUGCUUGAUUUUUAUCAGGCACAAAAAGCUUAUAUAGUCAAGUUGUAAUGGGAUCUCCUUGGUUACUUGGGCACUCUGAGCUAUUGUAUACUGUACAGCAUUUAGCUUUUAGGGAAGAUGAGAAUGACUGAAUACCUAUGUCUAUAUUUUUAAACAGACUUAGUAGGUUCCUGUAAAUAAGACAGUUAAAUCCUCACUCUUCCCACAAUGAAAUUGCAAAUAAAAAGUUUUUAUCACUAUGUAAAAAGAGCUUUUCACUUUUACACAAUACUUUCUGAUUGGCUUUGCAUAAAUAAAAUUUAUUAAAUA